AUGGGAACAAAGCGCAACAAAGCGGGCGGAAGGGCCAGCUUGGGCAUAGGCACACCAAAGACACCAACACCAGCGCAUGAAGACUCGAUGGACAUGGACACACCACAGCCAGCCGAUACCCCCAGGGCGGCAGACACACCCACUGCCACCAAACCCAACCAGCCCUCGGCCGCCGAGCUGCUGGGCGACCUCUGGACUGACGAUCAGACUGCUUCACUAUUCAAAGCCAUAAUACGAUGGAAGCCCGCAGGAAUGCACAAGCACUUCCGCAUGCUCGCCAUCAGCGAACACCUGCGCAACCACGGCAUCAACCCAGACGUCGAGACGCACACCCGCAUCCCGGGGAUCUGGGCCAAGCUGUGCACCCUCUACAACCUCGACGCCAUCGACGAGCGCGAGAACUACGACGACGAGGACAAGCGCUACAAGGACUUCACCCUGCCCGACCAGCAGUACGCCGACCUCAUGUGGGCCCGCAGGCUCGCUCCCGACGCCAGCGACGCCGAGGAUGCUGCCGCUGCCUCGAGUCCGGCCGAGAUGGACCUGGACGACCCCAGGGGGAAGGCACCCAGUACUUCAGGCGGUGGCGGCGGUGGCAGGAAGCGCAAGAGGGGAAACGCAUCAUCGGCCCACGCCGAUGGAGGUAGCGUCGCCGGGAGCACGGCGAGGACGAGAGGCAGCACGGUGGGGGACACGGAGGAAGAUACCCCCAUUGCGUCGAGCCCGCCAGCAUCGAAAAGUGCGAGAGGCGCCCGAAGUCGGAAGAGGGCUGCGGCCAAGGCUAAAGCCGAGAGCACGGAGCCAGAAGGCAACGGGGAGAGCGACGAGGAAGAGAACGACGGUGACGAAGAAGGAGAAGGAGAAGAACACGAAGGGGAGGACGAUGACGACGGCGAGGAAGAGGACGAGGAACAAGAAGAGGAAGAAGAACAGGAAGAGGAAGAGGAACAGGAAGAAGAAGAAAGUGAAACCGAAGAGCCUGCGGCCAAAGCCUCGAAAGGAGGUCCCAAGAGCAGGGGUCGGACGACGAGGGCUCGCACAAGUACGAGAUCAAAGGGGCGGAAAUGA